AUGUAUUCAAACAAUCUCAAUGGUUCAAUCCCUGCUUCUUUAACGAAUCUGACUAGCCUGAGCUCUCUUUACCUAUGGGAUAACAACCUUUCUGGCAUCAUUCCAACAGAUAUAGGAAGGCUACACUCUCUUAAGAUCUUGACUUUGUCAGAAAAUUAUUUCACUGGUCAAAUUCCUACAUCUAUAUGUCAUUUGGCCAACCUCAGCGUUUUAUCAGCAGGUCAAAAUCAACUCAGUGGUGCCAUCCCUCAUGAUAUUGGAAAUCUAAGAUCUUUAGAUACCUUACCUUUGCUCAUGAACAAACUCACCUGUUCCAUUCCUGCAUCGGUGGGUAAUUUGAGAAAUUUGACUUAUUUAUCUCUUACUGGGAAUCAGUUAACCGGUUUAUUACCAAUAGGAAUCAACAAUCUAACACAGUUGAGAGUAAUUUAUUUGAGUGACAACAAGUUUUCAGGUUAUGUGCCUCAAGAUGUAUGUCGAGGUGGAACACUUGAAGAAUUUGUGGCAAGUGGUAACCAUUUUAUGGGUCGUAUACCAAGAAGCCUUAGAAAUUGCAUUAGCCUCAGAAGUCUCGAUCUUUCGAUGAAUGAGCUGGUUGGUAAUCUGACAGAAGCGUUUCAGGUGUAUCCAUUUCUAGAUAAGUUUCGCGUGCAAAACAACAUGUUGUAUGGUGAACUCUCAAAAGAAUGGGGGAAUUGUCCAAGUUUGACAGCUCUAUCUUUCUCAGGGAAUAAUAUCACAGAUUUAAGUAAUAACCAGCUUUCUGUUAGGUUGUCUUCUGAAGUCGGAAAAUUUUCCAGCCUUCAAUAUAUCGAUCUAUCAACAAAUAAACUCACAGGGUCAAUACCAAAACAACUAGGGGAAUGUUCCAAGUUAUUAUCUUUAAAUCUGGGCAGAAACAAUUUUAAUGAAAGCAUCCCACCCCAGAUUGGAAACUUGGAUUCGUUACAGAUUUUGUUAGAUCUUAGUUACAAUGAGUUUACUGGAGAGAUACCGUCAGCUCUGGGAAAACUACGUAAACUGGAAACAUUAAAUUUGUCACACAACAAGCUUGUCGGCUCAAUUCCAUCUUCAUUUGAUCAAAUGCUUAGCUUGACAUCUGUCAAUAUUUCGGACAAUGAACUGAGUGGCUCUCUUCCAAAUAUCAAGGCCUUUAAGGAUGCUCAAAGGGUUGUACGGUGA